GGAACAAACAACUUUCCUCCCUGUUUUCCACUCAUGUACCUCGAUAUUCCGGCAGAGAUUCCUCCAGAGCACCAGUGGACUGUGUGGUGGAUAUAUCGUGAAUGGCUACUGUUUGAACUGACAUUGGUACUCAAUUUUAUUGCCUGUCUGUGCGUCCUUUUCUCGCACCCAGCCUCUGUGACCAGUGGACCGACAGAUUUGGGCAUUUCAUUGACAGAAAUGUUCACUCACACCCUUGCCAGUUUCUUCCUCUGGUACCGACCUGCUUACAACGCUUACAUGAAGGAUGUAUCUCUUUAUUACUUCUCGUUCUUUAUCUUUAACGGUUUCCAUAUCCUUUACACAUUCUACAAGGCAGUUGGUAUCCCUUCAACGGGUGGUGCUGGUCUAAUUCUGUUGGUAUCUUUGUUCUCUGACGGCUUCAUUGUCACCGGUAUCUUCACAUUACUGGCUACCAUCUGCUGGUUGGUCAUGGGAUUUGGAGCUAUCUACCUUUAUAAGCGUACCUAUGACCACUAUAAAUCUACUGGACACACCUUUAGCGAGGCCAAGCAAGAAGCAUUUGUGCGCAUGGGUCGGUCUGCUUAUACC